AUGAAAAUUGAAGCAGCAGGAGGCGUCAAACACAAAAUAUUACCAACGCUCCCUCACUACCAACGCUCCCUCACUACCAUCGCUCCCUCACUACCAUCGCUCCCUCACUACCAUCGCUCCCUCACUACCAACGCUCCCUCACUACCAACGCUCCCUCACUACCAUCGCUCCCUCACUACCAACGCUCCCUCACUACCAUCGCUCCCUCACUACCAACGCUUCCUCACUACCAUCGCUCCCUCACUACCAUCGCUCCCUCACUACCAACGCUUCCUCACUACCAUCGCUCCCUCACUACCAUCGCUCCCUCACUACCAACGCUCCCUCACUACCAUCGCUCCCUCACUACCAUCGCUCCCUCACUACCAUCGCUCCCUCACAUCGCUCCCUCACUACCAUUGCUCCCUCACUACCAUCGCUCCCUCACUACCAACGCUCCCUCACUACCAUCGCUGCCUCACUACCAUCGCUCCCUCACUACCAUCGCUCCCUCACUACCAUCGCUCCCUCACUACCAUCGCUCCCUCACUACCAUCGCGCCCUCACUACCAUCGCUCCCUCACAUUGCUUCCUCACUACCAUUGCUCCCUCACUACCAUCGCUCCCUCACUACAAUCGCUCCCUCACUACCAUCGCUCCCUCUCUACCAUUGCUCCCUCACUACAAUCGCUCCCUCACUACCAUCGCUCCCUCACUACCAUCGCUCCCUCACUACCAACGCUCCCUGACUACCAUCGCUCCCUCACUACCAACGCUCCCUCACUACAAUCGCUCCCUCACUACCAUCGCUCCCUCACAUCGCUCCCUCACUACCACCGCUCCCUCACUACCAUCGCUCCCUCUCUACCAUCGCUCCCUCACUACAAUCGCUCCCUCACUACCAUCGCUCCCUCACUACCAUCGCUCCUUCUCUACCAUCGCUCCCUCACUACCAACGCUCCCUCACUACCAUCGCUCCUUCUCUAA